AUGCCUGCCCUGUCUGCCACAGAGCAGCAACGAUCGCCUGAGGAGUCUCCGCCUUCCUUUGGGGGGAGGCACAUCCGCCACCAUCGUCACCGCCUACGCGCAAACAAGGACCAGUUCACACAAGGCAAAGACCAAGUUCUGCGUAGAAUUGCACGCCCCGAGAAAUCUGUGCCGAAGGCAGAAAACUUGAAUGUCCUUAAUGACUUCAAAUCCCCCGUCGGGACAGACCGUGCUGCAUGGCGGGUAAUUAAAGGCCCUCGUGGAAUCGCCGACUGCAACGACAUUAGCCUUCUUCACCCGGGGAUCUGCACUGAAAACAGCCCACUUAUGGUUAACACAUUCUACUGCCUGCUGAUGCGGAAGAAGGCCACCUGGAUCACCCCCGAUCGCGGUACUGGCAGCUACUAA